AUGCACCCCGACCUUGUCGAUGCCAUUAAAAACGCGCGUAUAUCACCGGAUGCAUUGCUUGAGCAUUUUAAUCAAGGACAAAUUGAGCUAAACAAGAACCAGUAUCAAGCAUCAUCAGACCAUUUUACGGCUGCCAUUGACGAGGCUACCAAUUCGCUCUCAACAUUAUUGCUUAGCCGUGCUCUUGCAUAUACUAAUGAUGGGGAACAUGAUCGUGCCCUUGCUGAUGCACGUAAAGUGAUGGAAAUUACACCAGCAUCUGCUGAUGGAUAUCUAUGUGCUGGUGAUGUAUACGUCGUUAAAGCCAACAUGGAGGAGGCGUUGCGGGUUUAUCGUAAUGGCGUAACGAAUGCAAACAAAGAACAUCCUCAGUAUCACAGCCUGGAGACCACCUUGGAUCAUUUAUACAACAACGUCAUUCUCCCAACCAAUGCUCACCUAUUGGAGCGUUUAGGCAAGCGUAUUACCAACCACGUAUUUUCAUUUCUUCCAUUACGAGAUCGUGUGGUAUGUGCUGCGACAUGUCACACAUGGAGAACGUAUCUCUUUUCUUGGGAGGGCAUGUGGCACCAUCUCCGAUUUACGAGCGGCAUAUCGACCCAAUGCCUCGAUAGCUUGUUUGCGCGCAUUGAAAAAGGAGAUCAAGUGAAAACAUGCACAAUAAUAGCCAAGUGGGAUGAUUUUGAUUUGGCACCUCAAGUUCUCGAACGUUUGGUCGUACGUCUUAAGUGCCGCAAUCUUGAAGCAUUAAGUGUUGGCAAUUGCAAUGUCAAAACGACCCAAUGGAUGAUACGCCUUUUGCGCAUGAACAUCAAAACAAUGAAGUCCUUGGCUCUAAUCAACGUUGCACAGCAACUGUAUCCACUCAUUCAACAAGUACUCGAUCUAUGCCCUGGCAUCAUCAACCUGGUUUUCGAUUUGCAUGAGCUUUGGAAUGGGCAAUCCAAAGUACGGGACAUCGACUAUAAAGCGGAAAAAGUCAUCCCACCUUCAUCCAUAUGGCGGCCAAGAACACCGUUGGCAUUACAACAACUCAAGUUGACAUCGAAAAUCUUGCAUCAUAAUAAGGAAGGGGUAUACACCUUUGCACACUUUUUGUCCACGUUCCUCCCGCAUUGUCCUGAAUUAUGCAAUCUGGUUGUUCGUGGUGAUACGACACGUUGCCUAGAUGGUGUCGUUGAUGCUCUUAAUGCUUACUGUCCCAAACUAAGAGGUUUGGUGCUUGAUGAUCAUACCAUUGCGGACGAUAAUAGAAAGUACGAUUUUGCUUUUGGUGCGCCUUUUCCUCCUCCAAAGUUGUCAAUACGCACCAUGUUCUUAGAGAAAGGCAACCUUUGUGAUGACUUUGAUCAAAAGUUAGCAGCAUUAGCCAUGCGUGUUGCACCCCAUGUACGAGUUUUGGACGCUGACAUAUCAUCCCUAUCCCAGUUGGCUUUGAAGGCACUUGGCGAAAUCAAGACACCCAACCUGGAAGAUCUCACAUUGACCGCAAACUUUUUGCCAAUGAAGGAAAUAAUGGACCACGCACUCUGCAACGAGCUAACACGUACAAUUAUUCAAGGUUGCUCCAUGAGAAGCCUCAAAAAGGUAGCUCUACAUAACCUAUCGAUCGACGACAGCGUCUUGGAUAGGUUACCUUCGGGCCUUACGACACUUGAUCUCUACAUCAAAGACAAUAAUGUCACAUCUCAAGGAUUGAAACGCUGUACAAGCAGAAUGCAGGGACUUACCAAGCUAGACCUGCAUCAUCAUGAUGUUAUUUUGAAGAAGCAAUAUGCCGGUGCCAGCAUCGUUGAUGGUGAUCUACUCAACGUGAUCGCACAAUUGCCAUCCAUCGUUGAACUUAGCCUUGCCUUCAGCCCUGACGGUGAUGUUCAGCCCAUAUUCUCAAAGUUUGCUAAGGAGUUACGAUACAACCAUCCACAUCUACCCAUGAAAUCACUGAGACUUGGAGGUCCUAUCCUUACAACAAGCAUUUUAGAAAAUCUGGUGUGCUUGCCAAACUUGGGCUAUUUGAACGUUAUAAUGGCUGCAGGCAUCAACGCUGAACAAAUCAAGGAAAUCCUACACAAGAAUAUGGAGAAUGGCAACCAACCACGUCCAUUGCAUUUGGUAGCUAGUAUCCAUGUGAACAAACGUCGUGACACGGUCACCUUUAAGAAUGGUGAGAUUGUAACAGAGACUCAGAUGAUACGUGAAUAG